AUGAGUAACGUAGACGGUGAUAAUGAUCAAACUGAUUUUAUCUCUCAUUUACGUACAGUUAUUAUUUUGGCUGCACGAAAAUCAUCAUCAUCAGAUAUUGACAUUGAUGCGGUAGAUAAAAUAGUCGAAACAACAAUAGAUUUUGUAAAAAAUAUUCUUGAACAAAUGGCAAAUGAAAAAAAUUUGUCAUCAUUUUCAUCAGUUGAUUUAUUAAAUACAAUUCGACUUAAUUCACACUUGAUACCGAGUCGAAAAUUAUACUUUUCUUUAAUGGAAACACUAAAUCAUCUUUGA